CACUCCCCCCACCCGGGACUGAGAGGAGGUGGAGAGGGUUUUUGGAGACGAGACUCUUGCCAUUCCUCCCCCGCAUCCCUGCUCGCAUCGCCGCUUCAUUCAAUCGGUGUUGAUUAAUCAGCGUCGGAUCCAUCGAUUCAGGAGAUCCAGGCCACCAAGAGACGGGGUCUGCUAUGGACUGCAGUUCAGACGAGUCGUCAGAGCUAAGUGAUACCGAUAUCGAUGACUAUGCUGACAAGGCGUACGCGAACCUUAAGUUGGGCAAGCUUGUGGCGAGAUUCGGCGCCGACAGGUUUAGGUGCCCCUUCUGCCCCGGGAAGAAGAAGCAGGACUACCGAUACAAUGAGCUGCUUCAGCACGCAAUCGGUGUGGGCACAUCCAACCGUGCCGCCAAAGUGAAGGCAAACCAUCAGGCAUUGGCCAACCAUCUCAAGACGGACCAUGCCGACGCUGCAGGCUCGUUGCCUCCGCGACAGGCCGUGGCGCUCAUCAACCCUCCAAGGCCUGUGCAGGACCAGGAGCUGUUCGUUUGGCCCUGGAUGGGCAUCCUUGCCAAUGUUCCAGUAGAGCAAACACAGAGAGGUGGAGCCAUUAUAUUGCAGCAGCUGGCUGGUUUCAAGCCCAUACAUUUCAAUGCUGUGCAUUGUCCUGACGGCGGGUACACUGGCUUUGCAAUAGUCCGUUUCAACAAGGAUUGGAUCGGGUUCAAGGAUGCCUUGGGAUUCCACAACUACUACAAAUCAUAUCAUCUGGGUAAAACGGAUUGGGAGGCAAAUAAAUGUGGCAAGUACAUGUUCGCUUGGCUGGCAAAAGAGGAGGAUUACAAAGCCGAUGAUCCAGUUGGCAAGUUCUUGUCAGAAAAUGGUGAUCUCAAGACAGUGGCUGAACUGCAACAGGAGAUGUCCCGCAAGACUGACACUCUCAUAACUAAUUUGACGAGCCAGAUUAGUGCUAAGAGCAAGUACUUGAUGGAACUUGAGUGCAAGUGUAAUCAGAUGGAUCUUGCUCUUCAAAGGGCCAUGGAAGAUGGCGACUCGCUGGACCAACGCUACAACGAAGAAAUGCGAAAGAUGCAGUCAACUGCUCGUGAACAUUCGCUAAAAAUUUUCCAUGAGACUGAUCAGCUGAGAAAGCAGUUGGAUGAGAAAGAGAACGACAUCAAAAGGAGAUCAAAGCAACUAAGUGAAAUAGUUGCUCAAACUGACAUGGAAAGAAGAAAAUUGGAGAAUGAGAGGAAGAAGAAUGAUGGUCAAAACGACUCCCUUAACAUGGCCAGAAUUGAGCAAGAAAAAGCCAAUGAAGGUGUGCGAAUUCUUGUUGAGAAACACAAGAAAGAGAAGGAAGCUGCUCUGAACAAAAUCUUGCAGUUAGAGAAGCAGCUGGAUGAGAAGCAUCAGCUGGAGCUGGAUAUUCAACAGCUUAGAGGCAAACUGGAGGUGGUGAAGCACAUGGAGGGAGAGGGUGUCGAUGUGAAGAAGCGUACCGAAGAGCUGAAUAGGGAUCUGCAGGAUAGAAUUGACGCAAUGGAAGACCUGGAAGAGCUAAAUCAAACUCUGAUUAUCAAGGAAAGGAUGACCAAUGAUGAAUUGCAAGAUGCAAAGAAGGAGCUUAUUUUGAGCUUGGCGGAUCUGUUGGGCCCGCGUAGCAACAUUGGAAUCAAGAGGAUGGGUCAGGUGGACGAGAAGCCGUUUGUUGAAGCUUGCAAGCCAAAGUAUGGCGUGGAGGCGGACACAAAAGCUCUUGAAUUAUGCUCCAUGUGGCAAGACAAUAUGAGGGAUGCCAAUUGGCACCCUUUUAAGAUAGUGACUACAGGUGAAAAGUCUGAGCAAAUCAUCGACGGAGGCGACGAGAAGCUGGUGGGGUUGAAGGAGGAGCUGGGCGAAGAGGUUUACAAGGCUGUGACCACCGCGCUGGUGGAGAUGAACGAGUACAAUGCCAGCGGCAGCUACGUGGUCUCAGAGCUGUGGAACAACAAAGAGAACAGGAAGGCUAGCAUGGGAGAAGUGGUGGAGCAUAUCCUCAAGCAGUGGAAGGCGAAACGUAAGAGGUGAUAAAUGUAUCCUACUACAUUCCUGCUACUCGAACAAGCUAAGGUUUUCAUUUUGGGGAUCGGAGAAGACUUCGCGACUGUGCCCUUGUAAUAAUGUUGGUGAACCUGCAAGCUAUGUGCUGCUCAAUCAGUCUGAGAGCAGUGAUGUAUCUCCCCUUUUAUUCCAUUCGGAGUUGCCAGACAAUGGUCGCAAUGAAUCGUUUUUCUUCCUUA